AUGACCUCGAUGUUUCGCAAUAGAAAAUCAACUCAAAAACCCGGCGAUGAAUUCAUCACCGACUUUCGAAAACACUUUCCAGAGCUCGUCUCUUCAAAUAACCCUUCUGGGAAGCAGAUCGAUAAGGUAACUGCGCCUACAUUUGGGCCUGCGGAUGGAUCAGGCAGACACCACAGCGUAGGAGCUGAAGAUACGGGUAAAGAGAUACAUGAUCCGGAUCCAACACCUAGAGCCCGAGAUGAUGCUGCCGCAUGGCGAUGGACGCCCGGUUUAUUGGGAUCAUCGUCCUCCAACUUUGACUCCAACUCAUUCGGAUUCCCGUCAUCAUCCUUUCUCAAUGCAGCACCAGGCCCUUAUACUUUGACACCGGGAGGAACAAAUACUGUAUAUCAUCCUCAAGCUGGAGAUCUUCAUAUGGGUAUGGGCAUGGGUAUGAACAUGGGAAUGGGCAUGGGGAUGGGACCUCCUCUUUCAAUUCCCACUACUACAGACGGUCUCCAUACCGAAACAAUGAUGGGCAUGCCUAGUUUUCCUACCCACGAUUUUCAUGAUUUCAACCCUUUCGCACAUUCUCAUCAUCAUCAACCGCAACCGCAGCCAACCUCAUACGCGCCAUCUUCCUUCAUCCAUCAGGACACAGGUUACGAAACAAUGGACCAUGACGGAUCUCCCAUGGAUGAUGACGAAGGACCACUUGGUUCAAUGGAACGGGUGAUGCACCAAUCUCCCUUGACAUUCCAGCCACACUCGUACGACAUGGCUAUACCUGGAUCAGCUUCCCCAUUUGCCGAGAAAUUUCGUUUCCAGGCUGUAUUGAACGCGCCAACGGCUAUGGUUAAAAACUCGCAAGAGAUUCCAGUCACAUAUCUCAACAAAGGACAGGCAUAUUCAGUCUCUAUUUUGGAUACUGAAGCGGGCCAUGCACUUCAGCCAGGAACUCGUUACCGAACAUUUGUACGUAUCUCAUUCGAAGAUGAACAGCAGAGACAACGACCUGCUUCAUGUUGGCAGUUAUGGAAAGAAGGAAGAGGUACUAACGAGGCUCAUCAACGUGGUGGAAAGCUCCAAGCGGUCGAAUACGUUGAGUCCACGCAAAUUGGCGAAAGUGACGAUAAGCGAACGCGCAUGGAGCUGGAUACGGCUUCUUUUGAUGGAUUCUCUGUAAUCUGGACUCCAGCGGCCAAUUGUGUCCCAGAAUGCAACAUCGCUGUCCGCUUCAACUUUCUUUCCACGGACUUCAGCCACUCAAAGGGAGUCAAGGGUAUUCCCGUUCGAUUUUGCGCCAAAACUGAAACCCUGUCUUCUGGUUCCCCACAUGUUAAGGAGGCUUCUGAGGUAGCUUUCUGCAAGGUAAAGCUCUUCAGAGAUCACGGAGCCGAGCGGAAAUUAUCCAACGAUGUUGCACACAUCAAAAAGACCAUUGAGAAGUUGAAACAACAAAUAAAUCAGGCAGAGACUGGCAUGAAAGAUUUUGGGAAGCGAAAGAGAGGCUCAACCGCAAAGGCACAAAUGAGUGAGCGACCUGGUAAGGUUCAAAAGCACAAACGUACUUGGUCCAUGUCUUCUGCUUCUUCUGCGGGUGGACGAGCUCCGGUCGAAGAGGAUCUUCAGGAAAGACUUUUGCAGUACCAAGAUAUGUUUCAAAGUACACGGCCAACCAGCGUACUUUUCUUGCGUGGUUCGGAACAGGACGACCCCGAUCUUUUCCCGGUGGCUUUGGCAGGUGAGCCACUCGACUUGACUAAAGUAAAUUCUCGAGACAACGCCACUUGGGCAGCGAGGAGCAGCGCACGUAGCUCGACUACCGGUACCUCUUCUAUCAUCUCCCCAUCGCCAAGCUCAAUCUCAUUGCACUCCCAAGCUGCUCCGCCCGCGUCUAAUCUUUCCACUUGGAAUGAUUUCCACAAUCUUCCACCGGGAGACUCCCAAAAUCAGAAUCCACAGCAUUUAGCGAGCCCGCCAGAUCAGCUAACCAAGGUUCCCAAGUCAGACGAUACUGGUAGCUUAAGUGGUUGGAUUGAGGCUUUGGGAGUUGAUCCUUCUUAUAAUCCACCUGUUGAACAACCUAUUAAGCCUGUCGCUUGCUUCUAUGUACUCCGUAGAGACCCAGCCCAAUCAGCUAAACACGAGUAUCACCGAGCUAUCUACUUGAUGCAACGUUCACUCAAAGAUUUCACUAGCGCCAUAGCCACGAAAUGGAACUUAGAACCUACGAAAAUUUCGCGCACUAUUCAUGUGCUUGAAAACGGUUUACAGGUCGAGAUGGAUGACGAUGUUAUACGCGAGCUGUCUGAAGGACAAGACUUUAUCCUAGAGGUUCACAACAUUCAAGCACCAGUCAAACGCGAAUGGGAGAUGGAACUCACUGUGGACAGCGACAGUGCUGGCGCGACACAAAGCGUUGUCCACAGCGAAGGAUACGAAUUGAAGCUAUUUUUCUAA